CGCCCCGCCCCUCUGGCUGGCUUGUCACAGCCCAGGCGAGCAAAAAGUGCUUCUGGAGAGAUUAAAACAAACCCACCAGUGUGGGCGAGACUCCCAGGGAAGGCAUGCUACAAAGCCGCUCAGUUAACUCGAGGAAGGAACUGUGCCGCUCGGGCUGCUGCACAGUAACGGAAUGCAUUUAGUUAACACAAACAUGGCUGCUGCCUUCAGAGCUGCAAACCGAGCCUUGUACCCAUUCACAGCAAGCAAUGGCUGCAGUCGGGCAAGAGUCCAGCUACAAGGGAGAUGUCAGUCAACAGCGACGGCAGCUGCGCAGGCCCAGAAAACCAAGCCUCAGGCCCAACCUGAAAAGAGGAAACCUAAAACAGGGAUCUUGAUGUUAAACAUGGGAGGCCCAGAGACAGUUGGAGACGUCCAUGAUUUUCUUCUUAGGCUUUUCCUCGACAGAGACCUGAUGACUCUUCCGGUCCAAAAUAAGCUGGCGCCUUUUAUUGCCAAACGACGGACACCCAAAAUCCAGGAACAGUAUAGUCGGAUUGGUGGAGGGUCGCCUAUUAAGAAAUGGACUGCUACGCAAGGAGAAGGCAUGGUGAAGCUGUUGGAUGAAAUGUCUCCUCACUCUGCGCCGCACAAGUACUACAUCGGAUUCCGCUAUGUCCACCCUCUGACGGAGGAAGCCAUUGAAGAGAUGGAGGAGGAUGGCAUUGAACGGGCUGUUGCUUUCACACAGUACCCACAGUACAGCUGCUCCACCACAGGGAGCAGCUUAAACGCUAUUUAUCGCUACUAUGACAAAAAGGGGGAUAAACCAAAGAUGAAGUGGAGCACAAUUGACAGGUGGCCAACGCACCCCCUUCUCAUUCAGUGCUUUGCAGACCACAUCCAGAAGGAACUGGACUUAUUUCCGCCCGACAAAAGGAAAGAUGUAGUUAUCCUGUUCUCCGCUCACUCUCUGCCAAUGUCUGUAGUUAAUCGUGGCGAUCCGUACCCACAAGAGGUGGGAGCAACCGUUCAGAGGGUUAUGGAGAAACUCAACUACUCCAACCCGUACAGGCUUGUGUGGCAGUCCAAGGUUGGGCCUAUGCCUUGGCUGGGUCCUCAGACGGAUGAGACGAUCAAAGGGCUUUGCCAGAGGGGAAAGAAGAAUAUUUUGCUGGUUCCAAUAGCGUUUACUAGCGACCAUAUAGAAACGCUCUACGAACUGGACAUCGAAUACGCGCAAGUCUUAGCCAGUGAGUGCGGAGUCGAAAACAUCCGAAGAGCAGAAUCCCUUAAUGGAAACCCAUUGUUUGCCAAGGCCCUCGCAGACUUGGUCUCAUCCCAUCUCAAGUCGAACGAAAUCUGCUCCAAGCAGUUAACCCUCAGUUGCCCGCUUUGCGUGAAUCCCACUUGCCGAAAGACAAAAUCAUUCUUUACCAGUCAGGAGCUGUGAUGCGCAUUUGCAGUGGGUUCACCUGACACAGAGUAUAACCCUGCGGAUCCUGCCCUGUGCACCCGUUUACACUGCUUUCUUUUGCCCCGCUCAGGGUAGCUUCAGACGGGACGAUUAGCCUCCUCUGUGUGCUAAGAAGGGUCCCAAAUGGGGUUUGCACUGGUCUGAAGGAGGGAUGAAUCUGAAAUCUUUUUAUGUUUUUUUUUUGUUUCUAUGGAGGGAUCUUGCGUUGGAAGGGAAGUAACAUUUCAAAGGGUUUCAUCCUGCCGGGGUUGCUGAGAACACACUUGUCUUCCUAUAAAGGCAUUCAGGGGACUCUUAGCACCUCGCAGUAUCAAGCUUUGCACUAGGCACUGAAAAACGAGCAAAACUUCUGAUACUUAUGAGCUGCAUAUAUACUGGAGUAGGGUUCAUGAUUCAGCAGUGAUGUUGAAUAAUAGCGACUGGAUCAAUUUCAGCUUGUAGGGACUGGUUGCUGUCCAGGUUAGUUUAAUCACUUCUAAAAGAACUACUCCAAGGAUCUUGACCUGAGAGUUACAACAUAGAUCUCUUAAUAUGUACUUGUCAUAAAAAUAGUAUUUUUAAAAUCCUUCCAUUGUAGGAUACUACUUUUUUCCCCUAUGUGGUGUGUUUUGUAUUUUCACGCUUGGAACUCUGCAACUAACCACACUGACCAUCACACUGCUGAUACUGGUUUGUUUCAAAUCAACUGACACCUUUUUUAAAGCAUGUAUUUGUUUUUGUUU